AUGUGCUCUGGCGGCAGCUCCCUGGGCCUCCUGGCCUGGCUCCUGCUUCUUCAGCUCUGGCCUGGGGAGGACUGGGCGGGCAGGGCGGCGCCACUCCUCUCCCCUCUCCUCUCCCAGGACAGCCGCCAGAACCCGGAAGCGACCCAGACCCCAAGACCGCCGGCGCGCCCCCCACCCAAUCUGUUUGCGUCCUUCCCAGGUGACUCACGGCUGUGUGGCCGAAACCUCCUGAGAAUCGUGGGAGGAGAGAACGCGGAGGAAGGGAAGUGGCCCUGGCAGGUGAGCGUGAGGAUCGGCCGCAGGCACAUCUGCGGCGGCACCCUGGUCACCAACACGUGGGUGCUGACGGCAGCUCACUGCAUUUUAAGACGUUUCCAGUACAGUGUCAAGAUGGGAGAUCGGAGUAUCUAUAAUGAAAACACAAGUGUGGUGGUCCCUGUGCAAAGAAUUUUUGUCCACCCUAACUACUCAGCAGCUCCAACCGUUAAAAAUGACGUUGCCCUUCUCCGGCUCCAACAUCUUGUGAAUUUUACCGCGAACAUCCAGCCUGUCUGCAUCCCUCGGGAGAAUUUCCGUGUGGAAGCUAGGACCAGGUGCUGGGUGACCGGAUGGGGCAACACAAAAGAAGGCGAGAAAUCUCCGACAGAAAUUCUCCAGGAGGUAGACCAAUACAUCCUGCGCCAUGAGGAAUGUAAUAAGCAAAUGCAGAGGCUCAUGUCAUCUACUAAAGAUGUAAUAAUAAAAGGGAUGGUCUGUGGCUAUAAAGGACCAGGAAAGGAUUCUUGUCAGGGAGAUUCUGGGGGUCCCUUGGUCUGUGAAUAUAAUGACACAUGGGUCCAGGUAGGGAUUGUGAGCUGGGGCAUUGGCUGUGGUCGCCAAGGGGUGCCUGGAGUUUAUACAGAAAUUGGCGUCUACAGUAAGUGGCUGAUUACAGUGGUGAAUCAGGCUACCUGUUUGUAUCCAGCAGUGUUCCUCAGCUUACUCCUGCAUCUGGUGCUGCCUCUGGGCAUCCCGGUGGCCCUGUGAUCACCCCAGCCCACUCCCCUUUUGUUUCUGAGUCUCAUACUAGGCCUCUCCUCCAACCUCCCACUCCUUCUCGAUAUCCUUUCUGCAAAUCCCAGUUGGAAUCCACAGGCCCUCUGGAGAUCCACACAAUAGAGCAUAGUGGGGAGACUGGGGCCUGGAAAGUGUCCCUGCCUGGUGCCCUGGUCACCUGCCUCAGCUGUGCCUGCACCAGGGCUGUGCUCUGCCUGGUGGGAAGGAAGGAUGAACCAAUUCCAGCUAGAGGACCAGCCGCCCUGCCAGGGGGCCACGGUGACUCUUCAAUACCUGGGGGAACGUCUAUCAAGGAAGAGACAUCAUCAACCCUUGAAG